CCUUUUUCACAAACACUUUUGCUACUCAAAAAGUCAAACGCGCGUUGCAGAAUCAAGUGAAACCUCGCUCCAAACGCAUCAACCUCGCUCUCUUCCUCCCAUUCGCCGACAAUUUUCCUCUAUUUCCUCAAUUUUGCCCGGAUAAAUAGUUUUAGAAUGACCUGGUCUGCCGGGAAGCUCUCCGUUUCCCUUCUCCUACUGUUUGCAGCAUUUGUUACAACAUGUUCUGGUGAAGCCAGCAAAGAAUCAAGAGUGGUUUGCUACUUCAGCAACUGGGCAAUCUACAGACCGGGAAUCGGCAGUUAUGGAAUUGAUGACAUUCCAGGAGAGUUGUGCACUCAUGUGAUUUAUUCCUUCAUUGGUGUCAGCAAUGUAACCUGGGAAAUUCUAGUCCUCGACGAGGAUAUCGACGUCGACAAAAGUGGAUUCAGAAACUUUACGAAUCUUAAACACAAAUAUCCCAAUUUAAAGACGGAAGUUGCCGUUGGCGGAUGGGGUGAGGGUGGAAGAAAAUACAGCAAUCUCGUUGGAGUGAAAGCGAGGCGGGACACAUUUAUCCGAAGUGUCGUCGAAUUUAUGAACCGAUACAACUUUGAUGGUUUCGAUUUGGAUUGGGAGUAUCCGGCGGCUGCCGAUCGAGGUGGAAAAUUCUCGGAUAAGGAUAAUUUCUUCUUUUUCGUUGAGGAAUUGAGAAGAGCCUUUGAUAAGGAGGGAAAAGGAUGGGAGAUCACAAUGGCAGUGCCUCUGGCGAAAUUCCGUCUUCAAGAAGGUUAUCACGUUCCAGAAAUUUGCGAAAAUGUCGACGCGAUUCACGUGAUGUCCUACGAUCUUCGAGGAAAUUGGGCUGGUUUCGCGGACGUGCACAGUCCUCUCUACAAGAGGCCGAGUGAUCAGUGGGCCUAUGAGAAACUGAACGUGCAUGAUGGUCUUUUGCUGUGGGAGGACAUGGGAUGUCCGGCAAACAAAUUAGUGGUUGGGGUUCCAUUUUAUGGCCGAACUUUCACACUGAGUGCUGGUAACAAAAACUACGAAAUCGGAACUUAUAUUAAUAAAGAAGCUGGUGGAGGGGCUCCUGGAAAAUACACCCAGGCCAAAGGAUUUCUCUCCUAUUACGAGAUCUGCACAGAAGUCAAUGAUCCCGAGUCUGGGUGGACAAAGAGAUGGGAUUCCGUAGGAAAAGUUCCUUUCGCCUACAAAGGUACCCAAUGGGUGGGCUAUGAAGAUCCAGAGAGUGUUCAAAUAAAAAUGGACUUCAUCAAGACAAAGGGCUAUCUGGGUGCAAUGAUCUGGGCACUGGACAUGGACGACUUCCAAGGAGUUUGUGGAAAGCCCAACACCUUGACGCAAAUUCUACACGACAACAUGAAGAGCUAUCAAGUACCCCAACCAACUAAGGCACUUCCCUCAAGGCCUGAAUGGUCGAGACCACCGAGUACAACUCCCGGUCCGGGAUUCGUGAAGCCUUCGACGCCAAAACCGAUAGUAACAAGACCCCAAUCAACAACUCCAUUAAGGGAAAUUGAGGAAACAACUCCUCGACCAAGUUGGCCCGAGAAACCCGAGAUACCUCCAACACCUAUUGAUGAAAUUGAUGAGGAUUCCAAUGAAAUUAAAUGUGGCGACCAGGACUAUAUGCCCUCCAAGGAUUGCAGUUUAUACUACAGAUGUGUGUAUGGAAAGCCACUAAAGUUUCAAUGUAGAGACGGACUGGUUUACAAUCCUGAGAAAUAUAUCUGUGAUUGGGCUCAUAAUGUACAUCGCGAUGACUGUAAAAUAUAAAACUAAAUCAAAUUUUCAGUUUGAACGUAAAAAAAAAAAAAAAUAGAAUCUCUGGUCGAAUAUUGCAGAGAACGAAAGAGAGUGUGUGUGCUGAUGAGAGAGGAAAAAAACUGCGAGUGAAUAUUGUUAAACUAGUUUUGAAAAUCUGAUUUUCUUUCUAGAAGAAAAUGACUGAAUGCGCUUUUAUAAAAAAUCAUAAACUUUAAGAAAAUUUCUAUUUCAUUUCGAAGUAGUUAAAAAAAGAAGAAUGCAAAGAUAAAUUUUAAAAAUUGAAUCUUUGAUAUUAAAAAUAAAAUUUCAUUAUAAAUAUGAUUAUAGAUAAAAAAGACAAUUAUUUAUAAUUCAGAAAUGUUUUUUUAAAUAUGUAAAUCAAAAAAAAAAUCUUUCUUUUGGCGUUUCAACUUAGGAAUAAUUAGUCCUUAAGAAAAAUUUUUAAUUAUUUUAAUAAAAUGCAUUACCGACCUGA